CCCGUCGUUCUGUUUGAACAUGGCCGGGCGGCGCGCGCAGGGGGCUCCCGAGACGACCUGGAAGGCGCCGGGAAGCUCAGCGGAAAAUCCCGGAAGACUGGGAGGAUCCGCCAGUCCGAUGCGCUGCGGUUUAGGUGAGGAAGAUGGCGUGGCGGAGUCUGUAGCGGCACCGGCGGCGGAGCGCACCGAGAGCCUGAAGAGCGAGCGCGGCACACGGCCGACCACCGCGGACCACCCGACGACGCGAGGUCAUGGCAUCAGUACGAGGUCUCUACUUCCUGGCCACCCUGUUCCUGGGCAGCUUUUUUGGCAGUGUCUUUAUGCUGGGCCCCUUCCUGCCCCUGAUGUUCUUCUCCCAGCCUGGUACCCGCUGGCUCACAGACCGCAUUGUUGCCACAUGGCUCACUCUGCCCGUGGCUCUCCUGGAAAUGGUGUUUGGGGCAAAGGUGGUGAUCACGGGUGACGGCUUCAUCCCUGGCGAGCGCAGCGUCAUCAUCAUGAACCACCGCACCCGCCUGGACUGGAUGUUCUUGUGGAACUGCCUUCUGCGCUACAGCUACCUGCGACUGGAGAAGAUCUGCCUUAAGGCCCCCCUGAAGGCCGUGCCCGGCUUCGGGUGGGCCAUGCAAGUCGCAGCCUUCAUUUUCAUCCAGAGGAGGUGGGAGGAGGACCGCCACCACAUGGAGGCCAUGCUGGACUACUUCUGUGACAUCCGGGAGCCCCUGCAGCUGCUGCUCUUUCCGGAGGGAACUGACCUCACACCCAACACUCAGGCCCGCAGUGACGAGUUUGCGGAGAAGAACGGCCUGCAGAGAUACGAGUAUGUGCUUCACCCCCGGACCACCGGCUUCACCUUCAUCGUCGAGCGGCUGCGCAGAGGUGACAAUCUGGACGCCAUCCACGACAUCACGGUGGCAUACCCGCAGAACAUCCCUCAGACGGAGCGCCACCUCCUGACCGGCCACUUCCCGAGGGAGAUCCACUUCCACGUGCGCCGCUACCCUGUGGCCUCGCUGCCCGGCGGGCCCGAAGAGCUGCAGCGCUGGUGCCAGGAGCGCUGGCACGAGAAGGAGCGCCGCCUGCAGGAGUUCUACACGGGCGAGCGCCGCUUCGACGGCACGGGCCGCAGCCGCAUCCCCCCCUGCAAGUCGGAGCUGCGCGUGCUGCUCAUCAAGGUGGCCUCGCUGCUCUACUGGAGCGCCUUCAUCGCGCUCUCCUUCGCCGGCCUCUACUGGAGCGCCGCCCUGCGCUGCUACUGCGCCGCCCUCGUGCUCUUCUUCGUCGGCCAGCAGAAGCUCUGGGGCGGCCUGGAGCUCCUCGAGCUCGCGUGCCAUCGCCACGUGCGGAGGAAGGCCGCCUCGGCCAAGAGCGAGUGAGCGGCAGGGAGACUGGACGGACGGCGGGGGGCGCUUGUUUGGGACAGAGGCGCCCGGGCACGGCUGGCAUCACUCGGUGCUAAGGGAGAGCAGCGGG